AUGCGUCUCCCGCUCGCCGCCCUCUUCUCCCUCCUCCCGGUCAUCCUUGCCACCCCCAUCAAGGAGCGCUCCCUGGCCCCGCUCAUGUCCAGCGGUGAGACCAUCCAGGACUCGUACAUUGUCGUCUUCAAGGACGGCGUCACCCCCGAGCAGAUUGCUCUCCACCUCAACUCGGUCAGCGACUGGAACCAGGCAUCCCUCCUUGGCGAUGACGCGGACAUCUCCAACGUGUACGCUCCUGCGGUGAACAUUGGCUUCUACGGCUACGCCGGCAAGUUCUCGGCCGACACCCUUGACGAGAUCCGUUCGGCUCCCGAGGUCGCCUACGUCGAGCACGACCAGAUUGUCCGCACCCAGGACGAGGUUCACGGCGUCGACGACGCCCUGCUCAUUGGCGACGACAUCACCAAGCAGAACGGUGCUCCCUGGGGUCUUGCUCGUAUCUCGCACCGCGACGAGCUCCGUCUCCCUACCUUCCAGAAGUACAUUUACGACUCGCACGGUGGCGAGGGUGUCACUGCCUACGUGAUUGACACUGGUGUCAACAUUGACCACGUCGAGUUUGAGGGCCGCGCUCGCUGGGGCAAGACCAUCCCCAAGAACGACCAGGACAUUGACGGUAACGGCCACGGUACCCACUGCGCUGGUACCAUUGCGUCGCGCAAGUAUGGCGUUGCCAAGGCGGCCGAGAUUGUCGCCGUCAAAGUCCUCGGAACCAACGGUUCGGGUACCAUGGCCGAUGUCGUUUCGGGUGUCGUGUGGGCUGCCGAGCAGACCCUGAAGGAGCAGCAGAACGCUGCCAGGGAGCUCGCCCUCACUGGCAAGACCACUUACAAGGGCUCGGUCGCCAACAUGUCGCUCGGUGGUGGCAAGGCCAAGUCGCUCGACGACGCCGUGGACAAGGCCGUCGAGGUCGGUCUCCACUUUGCCGUCGCUGCCGGCAACGACAACAAGGACGCGUGCAACUACUCGCCCGCCGGUGCUGAGAAGGCCGUCACCGUCGGUGCCUCGACCAUUGGCGACGACCGCGCCUACUUCUCCAACUUUGGCAAGUGCGUUGACGUCUUUGCUCCCGGUCUCAACAUUCUCUCGACCUGGACUGGCCGCCCCGACGCCACCAACACCAUUUCGGGUACCUCGAUGGCCUCACCCCACGUCUGUGGUCUCCUCGCCUACCUCCUCUCGAUCGAGGGCUCGGGCACCUUCCACAUCAACGGUGCCACGGAGCUCGUCGAGGUCGAGUCCGAGGCCACCCUCUACGCCCAGGCCUACUCGCUUCUCCCUUCGUACCUCCAGGACGUCCUCCCCACUCCCGAGGACAUCAAGGAGCUCGCCCCCAUCCCCUCGAAGAAGAUCAGCCCCGCCCGCCUGAAGAAGGCCCUCCUCGGCCUUGCGACUGCCGGCGCCCUCUCGGACGUCGGCUCCGGCUCGCCCAACCUCCUCAUCUUCAACAACGCCACCAGCUCGUAA